AUGUUACUUCUCUCUCGAAAGAAAAAAUCGACAUCUGCAUGCGAAAAUUGUAAAAUUGCGAGAGUAAAAUGUUCUGGCGUGCCUCAAUGUGAACGUUGCAUAUACAAAAAGUUGAAAUGCAUAUUCAAUAAACAAUUAAAGCGAGGGCCAAAGCCAAGGAUCAAAACAUCGGCCAAUUCAAUCACUUCAGAACUAAUUAAAGAUACAAACCCAACUUGUGCUUCACUACUGAAUGAUUUACAGAAAGAAGAACAAUCCCUCACUCAAAAAUUACAAUCCCUCACUCAAAAAUUACAUAUAAUCCGGAGGUUAACAGACGUAGUAAAAACAAGAGAUCUUGCAUCAUAUUUAACUCAAGAUAUUGGAUGCGUUUUUAAUAAUCCAAUCAAUUAUAUUAAUUUUCCUGAACAACAAAAUUCGCUAGAAUAUUUAAAUUCGAUUGAUCCUUUUGAAACAUCAUUACAAGAAAAUAGGCCACUGGACUGUAAUUCUUCUCAAACAAAUUCAUUUGAUUCCUUAACAAUUUCUUAUCCUUCUAUGUUAUUACAAGAACCUAGUAUUAUAGACUGUAAUUCGUCUCAAUCAAAUUUAUCUAAUUCCUUAUCAAUUACUUAUCCUUCCACGUUGUUACAAGAAACUAGUAUGCCUGACUAUAAUACUUCUCGAACAAAUUUACCUGAAUCCUUGACGAAUGCUUUUGAUUCGCGCAGUUUUUCAAACCAAAAAAUUAAAUUUAAAUAUGAAACGCCUGAGACAAUUAGAAAGAAAAUUAUUUUAUUUAAAGAGAAAUUGCAUAACUUUGAAUGUCAUUUAAACCCACAGUCUAAUAGUUUAUUAAAGACUCAACAAAUAGAAGCAGAAAAAAGUUCUUAUUCUUCUACACAAAUACCUAUUCAACACUUUGGAAAUGAAUUAAUUGAUGGAUUACCUAAUAAUAAUUUUAUGGAAUAUAUGGGUGAAUUCCCGUUUCUAAUUGAGGAUUUAUUCCGAGAAAAUACUGAUCUAUUUAUUAAUUAA